AUGAGGAAGGCAUCAUUCCCUUGUCUGCCCAUUUGGCCUGCUAGAGACAGUUAUUUAAGAAAAUUGCUAGACAUUAACGAUGUUGAUCCAUAUGAAGUGCCGGCAAAGCAGUGGUGUAAAGAUUUUGCAAGCCUGCCCCCCAUUUCACACGGUGAUUUAUUUAACUAUUUCGUGUUUGGCGUCAGCCAAUACACCUUGCAAGAAUUUAAGGCAUUCAAGACGCUUGAAUCUUACAAACAAUUUGUGGAUGGAUGGGUGCAGGAGAUAUACACCCACAAACCUGCCAACUGUAACAACACUGUCAUUGCUGCCAAGGUUAUGCACUCAAUGCGGCUGAAUGAAAAACUGCUGAAGCCUUGGAUCAUUGCUGAUGCUGACGGCACCAUCAUAUCAGCUCACUGUGACUGUGUGGCAGGGGUUGGAGAGACUUGUACACAUGUUGGAGCGGUAUUAUUCAAAGUUGAUGCCAUUGUAAGAUGCAGAGAGAAAACAACAGUCACAGGAGUUCCAGCAUAUUGA